AGUGCGCUGGAUAGAGGGCCAGGUCCGCUGUCCAGCGCACUACGCCCGACGUUAGAUUUCACGUAUGGAUUUUGAGAAAAUUCGAUUGUCGGGUGUGGGGAAACUUCGGGUUUCAACCGCGACGACAACAGAUUCAAAAUGAUCUUGAAAAGCGUGGUCGAAGGAAAUUUCGCCUGUGUUACGUCUGUUUGUCUGUGGUAUGGUUCUUUGGUAAAGUUCUAUAUACCUUGACGGCGUCAUUCAUUCUGUUCAUCCUGGGACGCCGAUGAACAAAACCGAACCAGACUUGCUCCGCAACCGAGUUACAGCGUGUUGUGUUCUGGCGAAUUCUGCCGCGGAUUUGUUCAGGAAAUUUGUUGACCAUCCGGUGAAAAUGGAGUGUUCUAAACCACCAGCAGCAAUUAAUUUGCCGAACGAGCUGUGGGUCGAAAUAUUCGGGCACAUGGAGACCCGUGGAUUGUUCGAGUUAUCACGUGUGUGCAAACACUGGAAUCGGCUGAUCUUCAAGUACUGGUCUCAUCGUUUUCUACUGCACUUGGAUCCCUGUUAUCGAAAGUUUCCUCAACAAGGAGUCGUUGGGUUGGUACCGGGCAGAGAAUACAAACACCUGCACCUGAGAUCUCCCAAACUGUAUGACCAAAUGAUGAAGAUAAUCGAACAGCUGGCUCCAAAUUUGGAAUCCCUAAAACUAAGCCUGGAAUCGCUUGACUUGGCUGUACUAGGGAAGAUACUUUCACUGUGCCCCCGAAUGAAUGAAUUGCACAUCAAGGGCUUCCACUUCAAACACAGCUUCGACCUGGAAGAAAUGCUACACAGGGCCAGAAAAACUACGCCGGCAGUCAGUUCUUUGGAUUUGGAGUACAGCAAGCUUGGUAGUUUCGGAAGAGAACUUAGCCCAUGCAUUCUGAAUGUUACGGAAUCCGAAAUACAGAUCGCAUCGAGUCAUGUCCCUGCUAUCACAUCUUUGGGUUUGGACAUCACCAAUUUGGAGGUAUUCGAGAGAGCAUUCCAGAACAACACCCUCAACGUGACGAAGCUUGAUAUUGCUAUCCAUCAACCCGCUACACUGAGCUUGGUAGAACGCAUGGCUCCCCAGCUGAAGAUUCUUAAGAUGGAAGCUCACGAAGACACUACCAACACUGUUUUGAACUUGCGGUUUCCAGCUCUUCAGGUUUUGCUGCUUCAGUUGCAUAACGGGUACGACAACAAUGGAUUCAUUGAGUUUCUGCUUGGCUGUCAAACACUGAAAACAGCUUUACUAUCGCUUCCGAUGAUCGAUCACCAAGACGUGUUCCCUACGGUAGCCAUUGGGCUUCCGCUUGUUGAAAAAUUACAAAUCUCAAGCGAAACGGUGACAACGCUCGAAGAUUUGCACACGAUGCAACGCUUGAAGGAACUAUCGAUGAAGGGAGGCUACAUAAUCGCAAGAAGCGAAUGUCAUAUGGAUAAAGUUCCAACGGUGGAAAAGUUUGAAUGCCACGACUUGAUGCUCAGCGAUAAGUUAAGCAACAUUCUGAAGCGUUUUCCGAAUCUUCACAGUCUUUCGCUGGGCAUGCGCGAACUGCAUUACGAAAUGAAGAAGUUCAGCAGUUCCGUGCCAGGCCUCAAGGAGUUCACGAUCACCAUCGAUCGCGUCAAUUCUGAUGUUAUUGAUCUAAUGCAAACGAUGAAUCGUUUGGAGAGCAUCGUUAUCAACGCAGGUGUUUUCGCCAAGUCGAACUUCCCCUUUCUGAGGAAAGUGAUCGUUCUGCCGAAGCUCAAGAGCUUGGCGGUCAACACCAACUGGGAACUUCCGGAGAGCGUUACCAGCAAGAUUGCUGCAGCGAAUCGAUCAUGUGCGCUCUUACUGAACGGAAAACGGGUGGAACCCGCUGGAAGUGUUCGUCGUCGUUCCGGAGCGAAGCGGUCGAGGCCAGAUGUUGAAUCGGCUGAGAUUCAAUCAAGCAAGUAGGUUUGAAGGAAGUUGAUUUUGAUUUUAUUGAAAAACGUGCAUUUGCAAGAACUAGUUGUAAGAUUGAAUUUUGUUGAAUGCUUGAUUGAAUACCGGAUAAGGGAAGAUAGAUGUGAUAGCAUUUUUGUUUUGUUAUGUGGUGUUGGUGUAGUUGCACCAACUUACCAUAAAAAAUGUAUUAAAUACUUCUUUGAUUUUGCGGCAAUUCAUUCCAAAAAGAAUGAUAUCAGAAUAGCAGAAUAAUUCAUUCCAAAGAGAAUGAUGCCGUUGCUUUUCGGCUCUUUUACUCAUUUUUUGUAGCGGAUACCUACAAAGUGUCUUGUCAUAAGCCGUCUUUUAUCUUAAGGUGCGGAAUUGAUUAGAUUGGAGUAAUUUUUUUUUGAUAAAUACAAUAAAUAUGAUUAAAACUAAAAGCUAAUAAACAGA